GGCUGUCCGGAGGCACCGGGACUGAACGGCAGCCUGUGCGCCGAAGGGCUGCGCGCCGCAGGCUUGGGCAGGCCCGGCCUCCUCCCGCGCCCUUUGGGCCCCCGCCGCGAGGACCUCUGAGCUUCCCUGCACCCCUCUUUCCAAACCCCUCGCACGCCUUCCCUCCGUUCAUCUUACUGCACGCCUCCCCUUUCCCCCUGCGAACCCUUUUCGCCCAUGCCUCCCUCUCCCGGCGUCUCUUCCCCGCGCUGUCCUCCGCCCUUCGGCACCUUCGCCCUGCCUUCCUCCCCCUCCCCCUCUCCUUCCUUUCCUCUCCCCUCCCUUCUUCCUGAGACCAUCCCUACAAGGCCUCUUCUGUUCAACCUUAGCCUGUCCCUCACCCCUUCCCUGUGUCUCGUCUCAUGAGCCACCUCAGAGUGGGGGCAGAUUGUGAGGCUCCCCCCACAGCAGAACCUCUCGGUGGAGAGGCCUCUAGGCCAUCCCCCAUGUGACAGUUGAGGGCUGCGGCUUGCAGAAAGCAGACAGGGGCUGAUUGCCCUGUACUCCAGUUCUGGCUGUAGAGUGACCCAGUUCCUCUGCUACCAUGAACAGGGCCCCUUUGAAGCGGUCCAGGAUCCUGCACAUGGCACUGAUGGGGGCUUCCGACCCCUCCGGAGAGGCAGAGGCCAGCAAGGAGAAGCCCUUUCUGCUGCGGGCGUUGCAGAUCACGCUGGUGGUGUCUCUCUACUGGGUCACCUCCAUCUCCAUGGUGUUCCUGAACAAGUACCUGCUGGACAGCCCCUCCCUACAGCUGGACACCCCCAUCUUCGUCACCUUCUACCAGUGCCUGGUGACCACGCUGCUGUGCAAGAGCCUCAGCAUACUGGCGGCCUGCUGCCCCGGUGCCAUGGACUUUCCCACCCUGCGUCUGGACCUCAGGGUGACCCGCAGCGUCCUGCCCCUCUCCGUCGUCUUCAUUGGCAUGAUCACCUUCAAUAACCUCUGCCUCAAGUACGUCGGCGUGGCCUUCUACAACGUGGGCCGCUCACUCACCACUGUCUUCAAUGUGCUGCUGUCCUACUUGCUGCUCAAGCAAACCACCUCCUUCUAUGCCUUGCUCACCUGCGGCAUCAUCAUCGGUGGCUUCUGGCUUGGUGUGGACCAGGAGGGGGCAGAGGGCACCCUGUCUUGGACAGGCACCAUCUUUGGCGUGCUCGCCAGCCUCUGUGUCUCGCUGAACGCCAUCUACACCAAGAAGGUGCUCCCGGCCGUGGAUGGCAGCAUCUGGCGUCUGACCUUCUACAACAACGUCAAUGCCUGCGUCCUCUUCCUGCCCUUGUUCCUGCUGCUCGGGGAGCUUCAGACUCUCCGUGACUUUUCCCAGCUGGGCAGCGCCCACUUCUGGGGCAUGAUGACCCUGGGCGGCCUGUUCGGCUUUGCCAUCGGCUACGUGACGGGACUACAGAUCAAGUUCACCAGCCCCCUGACCCAUAACGUGUCCGGCACCACCAAAGCCUGUGCCCAGACGGUGCUGGCUGUGCUCUACUACGAGGAGACCAAGAGCUUCCUCUGGUGGACAAGCAACAUGAUGGUGCUGGGGGGCUCCUCUGCCUACACCUGGGUCAGGGGCUGGGAGAUGAAGAAGAUUCAGGAGGAACCCAGCCCCAAAGAGGACGAGAAGAGCAGCAUGGGGGUGUGAGCUCCUGCAGGAACCCGGGGAUGGCCCAGUGGGGGAGAAUGCCCAGGGCAGCUCUCUGGAUCCUGAGAGGUAGUCUGGAGGGGGUCUUGUUUACAACCUGCUCACAAAUCAGGUGGUUGAAAUAGAGCCAGUGUUUUCAAGUGAUGUCGGAAAGUUGCCAAACCUAUCUCGACCUCCUUUCCUGUUUCUGAGUUUUGUCCUCCCCUAGGGAGGCAGGACCCCCUGGGAACAGCCAAUGAGUUUCUCUGGAAGAGCACUCGCUUUCGGGGAGUAGGAGAAGGGCAGCACCCCAUCCUGUCCCCCUUCCGGGGCCUUCUACCUCCACAUGACCUUUGGGGUUGGAGACGGGCCACAACUUUGAGGGACAGUAGUAAGUCUUCACUUAUACUCAGGGGAGAUGGGGGUAUGACCCCACCACAGGCCAAAUGAAGCGGUUUGGGAAACCUCACGUCUCUGGGUCCCAGGACAGGCAGCGAGGCUUUGACCCCGCAAAUCAGCCUCCCUCCGGAGGAAAGUGUGGGCUGGGCUGAGGGGCGACACAGACAAGCGUCCCCUCUUGGUCUUCUGUGCCAAGACCACCAGUCCCCAGGGAAGGGCACGAAAGAUCAUUUGCACCCAAGCCUGGCUCUGGAAUCCCUAAGGACUGCUGGGAAUUGGCCUGGGAAUGGGGCACAUCGUGGGAAAGUGCCCUUUUCCCACCAUCUGCACCCUACGCUCCCAGCUUUUGGACAUGGGGGAGCCACACAGCUUUUACAGGUUAAGCAGGGUCAUUAACACCCUCCCCCGGUCCCUGACACUCAGAAGCUCAUUCCUCCCCUCCUGAGGAGCCGCUAGCCCUCUGGUUUUCCAGCACCUGACUCAGGUAAGACCUCCCGGAGGUACAGCCAGGUCACCCUCCUAACUCUGGCUUCCCAGAGCGUCAUCCCCAAGAGGACUGGUAGAGCCAGGGUUCUGGCUCAGAACCUUCCCUCUCAGCGGUGCUGUGCCUUCCCCUGAGCCAGAUCCCUGCCUGGGUGUUGGAACCUGACUCUGAUGAAGGUGAUAAAGUAACAAUUGCGUUUCUUCCCUGAGGUUAGGGCUAAAGAACCUUCUCUUCCCCUUACCAAUGCCCUGCCCCCACACCCACUCCCACCCCCGUGGGCUUAGGACGGCCUUCACAAACCCUGGCCUUCACAAA